GAUGUGGCUCAAAAAUGUUGCAAACUGUACUUGGUUUUUCUCAGAAACCACAACGAAUGACACAAGUAUUUCGAUACCCUGAAUCUCUUCCUAAGGAAAAGGCUGUUGCAUCUUUAAGUAAAAGUUUCAAAUUCCAGUCAGGCAAUAGUCCUCGACAAAAUGCUUUGAAUCGCCGAAUUUAUUACAAACUUUACAAAGUCCGUAAUCCGGACUCAUCGGGAUUUCGGCGAUUGCAGAUUAUGGCUUUUUCCGGAUUAUAGAUCAUCAAUUUAAAUCUGUUAAUGUUGAAUCAAGGUUUUAUCAAACCACUUAGUUCGGGCAUACUUUAUUUCAAGCCUCUGACUGUGCGAUCCUUAGAAAAACUCUCUGAUUUAGCUGAUGUGAUGAUGAGCAGACUUAAUGCUCAAAAGAUGUUAUUUCCUACUCUAAUACAAGAUUCAGUCCUGAAAAAAACUGGUCGCUGGGAAAAUGCUGGUUUAUUCAAAUUGAAUGACAGAAAUUCAUUUUCUUAUUGCCUUGGACCAACACAUGAAGAAGUUGUUACUCUUUUGCUUUCAAAUUUACAUAUAUCUUACAGAAGUCUGCCUCUGCGUUUUUACCAGAUAUCUACAAAAUUUAGAGAUGAGAUGAAUCCAAGAUUAGGUCUGUUGCGUGGACGGGAAUUUAUUAUGAAAGAUAUGUAUGCUUUUGAUUCUUCUGAAGAAAAUGCAAAAAUCACUUAUGAAGCUGUAUGCAAAGUGUACAGUGAUUUCUUCCAACUUUUAGGUGUUGAUGCUUUAAAAGUUCAAGGUGCAAGUGGUGAUAUGGGUGGAAAUUUUUCACAUGAAUUUCAUUUAGCCUCUAACGUAGGAGAAGAUGUGAUCUUUUAUUGUGCAAAAUGUAAGACUGGUAUUAAUGCAGAACUGUCUAGUGAGCCAGAAAUGAAAUGCCCUACUUGUGAUAUGCAUUUACAGAAAUGUAGCGCUAUUGAGGUAGGACAUGCAUUUUUAUUAGGGAGAAGAUAUUCUGAACCUUUACAAGCCAAAUUUGAAACUUCAAAUCAAUUAUUUGAGGAAUAUCAAAUGGGUUCUUAUGGUCUUGGACUAACAAGAAUAUUGGCAGCAUGUGUGGAAUGUUUGUCGUCUGUUGAUAAUAUCCGAUGGCCAUUGAGAAUAGCACCAUAUUAUCUAUCUCUUAUUCUUCCAAAAAAAGGUAGCAAGGAAGAAUCUGUUACUCCUUUUGCCGAAGAUUUGUCAGAUUCUUUAAAUAACAUUAAUUGGUUAUCGUCUAAUGUUCUCAUAGAUGAUCGAACAAAUUUAACAAUUGGUAAAAGAGUUCAAGAAUCUAAUUCAUUAGGAAUACCGUAUGUUAUUGUUGUUGGUCGUUCUGCACAAGAAGAAUUACCAAGAGUGGAAGUUAUUGAUAUGUACAAAAAUGAAGUAUCAUUUUUGACACAUAAAGAAACAAUGGAUUUCUUUAGAAGCAAGAAUGUGUUUCAAUCUUUUGUUUGAGAAUUAUUUGAAAUCUUCAUUAUGUAUAUAUUAUUAAAACUUAUUUCAUGUUUUUA